AAUAUUAAUUGAUAACAUAUUAUUUUUUCCGCCACGCUGCUGACUAAUAAUAACUGAAAUAACAGAUCCAACUGUAUAUACAAUAUAUGCUAUUGAAUUGUUGAAGGAAGAUGUCUAGUGUGGUGGAGUCUAAGAGUGAUGGUUGUUAUUAUUCGGUGCUUGGGGUUCGCAAGCACUCAACCGAUCACGAAAUUCGUUGCGCUUAUCGUAAGAUGGCUCUGAAAUGGCACCCUGAUCGGUGGAUCAAAGAACCAAAGCUUGCGGUGGAAGCAAAGAAACAGUUUCAGCAUAUUCAAGAGGCUUAUUCAGUUUUGUCUAAUAAAGGGAAGAGAAUGAUAUAUGACGCGGGAAUGUUUGGUUUUAUUGGAGAAGACGAUGAUGAGGUUUGUUAUGGAUUUGUUGAUUUCAUGCAAGAAAUGGUCUUGACAAUCAGUGGCGGAACCAGAAAUUUCAUAAGAGGGGGGCCAAUUAAAUAUAAAAUAUAACAAAAAAUUAACAAAAUAUGAUUUGUAGCAUAUAUAUCAAAAAAGUAAUUAUAUUAUAUUAUAUAAAAGUCAAUGUUCAACUACAUACUUUAAGAUUUUGAUAUUUUUAAACUUGCUCGACGAUGCUUCAUGGAACUAAAAUCAUCAAUUAUCAUCUCUGAAGUGAAUUUUGAAGCAAUUUCCUUUUCAAUAUAUACAAUCAUACAAUCUGCUAAAAAUUCAUCUUCCAUCUUGUUUCGAAGCCUUGUUUUAAUAAUCUUCAUAGCUGAAAAGGCCCGUUCAGUUGUUGCUGUUGUCACAGGAAGAGUCAAAACAAGACGAAUUAAUCUAUUAAUUAAAGGAUAUAUAUUUGA